AAAACGAAUGGGACUCAUGACAAAAUCAGCAUAUAUAAAUCAUCUGACUGCAGAUACAACCAUCAUCAAACGCCAUCGAAAAUGUAUACGGGUCUGCUGCUUUCGCUCUCCGUGGCAUGGAUAUUGCUUCUAUUGCACGUAGAUGGCUGUGCUGGCAAGCGUAAUUGGGAAUACCAACCAAUCUCCAUUUCUGCCAGAACGUCGGAUGCAUCGAAAUUGGAGAUUGAGGCAGACGUUCAAAUUAUAGGACGGGACUAUUGGGUUAUUUCGGGCAAACUGAUAUCAAACACCGAUAUGAACGAUACAAUUAUGGUGGAGGGUACGGGUUAUCGGAGCUCUUCGGGUGCCGAAGACGAUUACAAGCUUUUGCCCUACCACAUACCGAAGCAGACAUUUAAACAGUUUGCCGAUAACCAUUACAAGAAGAUUGUCUACAAGAAUUUGAAGCACUGCUCGAAUAUACCCGAACCCGAGAAUGUAUAUCCCUGGCCCAAAGGCACCUACAUUUUCAAAAGGUGCAUUGCGACUGGCGAUGGAUUUCCCGAACUGCUGCUCGAGGGCUACUACAAGAUCAACUUCGACAUCACCGGAGACGUCGAGGCUGGCGUAACAAUUAUUGUAUUGCUGACCAAUCCUUCUCGUUAUUUUGGUUAACCCCAAAGACAACCGACGGGUCAUGGCAUAAAAAAAACAAUAUUGAGUACUUUAUAUGAAUGAUAAUCAAAAGAAUUAGAUUAGCUUUAACAGUAUAUAUCCGUAUCUAUCCGAGUGGUUCCAAGAAAACACAAGCUAUAAUCAAUAUACAACAACUCUGCAAUUUGAA